AUGUAUCAACAAAAUGACCGAGAUUUUCCGCCAUUAAAUGGAAACAAUGUGAGUCGACAAUGGAUUGGAGGAAAUGACUUCGAAAAACGAUUGGAAGAAAUGGAGAUGAAGGUAGAUCGAAUGGGAAAUCAGCUUGAGCGGAUGAUACAUACAACUAGAAAAAUAGUAGAGCAACAAGAAACCAUACAAAAUAUGGUAAUUGAUCAUAAGCAUUUAUUUGAAGUUCAUCAGAUGAAUAUAUCAUUACUACAAGAUUUUGUUAAUGUUCAUGUUAUCCCGGUAUGUCAAGUUAUUGCAGUGGUGGUUCCAUUAUUAGUCGAGAAACAAAUAUUAGAUGACAAAUCAGUUUCUAGUCAAUCGUUAACGGCUAUUUGUUUUAAGUUCUUGACGGAUCAUGAAUUAACAUGGAAAAAAUCCUCAGAAAAUAAAGAUAAAGAGAGAGAAAUACAACAAGAAGGCGUACAUCCUGAACGUUUAGAAGCAGGUAUGGAUGUUAAGACGUCCGCAAAUAAUGACUAA